GCAACCACACGCUCAGCUGCUAUAUAUAGCGUGUCACACACACACACACACACACACACCGCUCCUCGCGUCUGUCGGUCCGCUGGUGAUCAUGGCGGUGGUGUCGGUUGUUCGCCGGUUCGUGUCUCUCUCGGUUCCGCGGCUCGUCGUCUCUCAGCAGCAGCACCGGACCGCAGUGAACACCACCUCCGGAGCCAUUCUGCCCAAACCCAAGAAAACGGCGUUCGGUCCGCUGCGGAUCCUGAUGGUCGUGGCUCCGUUCCUGUACGUCGGGACCCUGAUCAGUAAGAACUUUGCGGCUCUGCUGGAGGAGCAUGAUAUAUUUGUGCCUGAGGAUGAUGAUGAUGACGACUGAUCACAGAUGCCACUGUUUCUCUCCAUGAACUCAAGUACUGGAGCAUCUUUGUGUCUGCGUCUGCUUCACAGGAAUCACUUCUGUUCGUCUGUAUAUUGCUGUGUAUUUAUGAAGAUUUAUCAGGAGCUGAGUUCUUGAUUCUGACUGGUUGACCCGAGUGUAGAUCACUGAUCUAUAAUAAAGAAUAUAAACCCUACUAUUCAA